AUGUCUACCAACUCGAGCAGAAGAAAGGUAGAAGCUUGAUAAGGUCACACUCGAAGCACGGGGGACGUUAAUUAAAAUAGGAAAAAAGCGUCGGGGAAAGGGCGAAAAAAGACAUGGCCCGAUGAACACUUUGCCGAAAAAAUCUCGAAAAUUAUGAAUAUCCAAAAGCUUCAUACAACUUUGGUGUGUGUGAUGAUCGGAAAAAGAAGGGAGUUUUCUAAAAAAAAAGUUUUUUGAGGCUUUCUUUUCAAGCCAAAAGGGAAAUUUAGGAGCCGGCUCAUAAUUAUUGCACUUCUUUGCUCAUGUUAGACAUUAAAAAGACUGAAAAUGGAGUGAGAAGAGAAAUUCAAAAGAAAACUAGUCAUGAUAACUGAAAUUUUCCGAGAAAUUCAAGCCCUACUCUCUAUUGCUCAUCUUAAAGCUUGGGAAACUUCUCCGAUCAUUUUUCAAUGUGAAGCCUCGGAAUUUGAAGAUUUCAAUAGGUUCCAUCAUAACUUUUUUGCUACACCUCUAUUUCUAAUCGAAGUUAGUUCACAGGUUUUCAAACAAAAAACUUCAGACUCGAAAAAACUAUUUCCUUCAUUGCUCAUGUUACAGGAAAUCUCGCACCCGACUUGUCGUGGUUUCUAAUCUUGAGGCUACUGUUUUAAAAUUUAAAAAUAACUCAAUAUACUCACCGAAAUGCUACGAAAUGAAGUUAUUUGUGCCGUUUACUUUCCAGUUUUUCAUUUCCCAGGCGAAAAAAAAAUGCUUAUUGGUUCAUUAGAAAUCUGUACAGCUAUAUAUUUUUUCAUGCUGAAGGUAACUAAUUAGGAAGCUAAAAGGUGUACAUAUACGAUUUAUUUCUAGAAAAGGGACCGAAAACAAGUUUGUGGUCAGUUCGUGGGAAUGCAAAAGUUUUCUCCCAGUCUAUAGGAAGGUGAGACUAGACAGAUAUGAAGCUAUGCUCGAAAAAAGAGAAAAAGUCGGAAUUUGAGGUACGUUUAGAGAAAGCUUCCAGUAGGAUCAAAUCAAAGGAAAAAGGUACAGAUGACUUCAAGAAAUUGGACAAAAAAAAGUGGAAAAUCGAUUUUUUUGAGGGUUUCUGGGUUCCGAUGUGAACUAGAACAUGAAGAAAGGCUCAAAAAUGUUUUUCUUUCAUCGCAGGAAAAAAAAUUCCUUUAUAUGCUUUUCUUUAAAAAACAAAUGACCCAGAUGGUUUUAAGAAGAUUUGUAAGUGAUUAGAAUUAUUUUUUUAAAUUUCCUGAAGUCCUUUGAAUGCGAAUAAAGUUAAUCUGACUUUUAAGAAAACAUCUUAAAAAUCUUUAAAAAGCCGAAAAAUAAACAUCUGAAUUAAUUAUUGAAACUGACGAUUUUUUUAAAUACCUCAAAGCUUUAGGAAUUUUUUUAACGCACUUGGUAAGAGCUUAGUGAGCCAAAAAAAGUUGAAGUUCUGGGUCUUCCAGGGUCUCGAAAAAAAGUUUUUGGACCAGUAAUAACUGUAAAAAGAAAGAGCUAAUGUUACUUUCUUUUGAAAAAUAGGGCUUCAUGGAAGUUUAACCAGGUUCAGGUAAAGUUUAGUCACAUUGCCGAACCCAUGACAAAAAAAUGAGGCCGGUUUUUUAAAAUCUUAGUACGUUUUAAAAAUGAAGGUUUAUAAUAACGUUCAUGAAAAAAAAAAUAAUAAUAACCGAUCUUUUAAAAAAGGAAUUCAUGAAUAAUGCUUUUUUCGAGACCUCGAGCUCUUAAAAACCCUCGAACUUUUAAAAAUGAAAUAAGGACGUUCCAAUGAACCUCGAGAGAUUCUAAGGACGCUCCUGAAAAAUAAUUUCAUUUGUACUUUUUGAGAACAACGAGAUACGCAUUUUUCUGAUGUCCUAGAGUACUUCGGACACGAAAAGAGAAGUUUUCGCUUUUUGAAUUUUCAGCUAAAACUUUGGGCUUUUUUAUAUUAGUUAGAUUUGGAAGUGAUGCUGAUUCCAAAGAACAACCGAAAUGCUCGGGAAGUUUUGUCUGACGCAGUUUCGUCGCGUUUCCGAGUAAAGCCGCUACAUUCCUCAGCUUGCUACAAAUUUAUUUCGAACAAAUGACGUAAGGAGAAGAAAUUUUACCGAUCAAGUGACUUUUUAAAUGUCACCGACAUUGUUAGACAAUCCUUAUGACAAUGGAUUUGCUUGUUUCCAUGGAAAUCUCGUGGAUUAAAUGGCAUAAAAGGCGACAAAUCGGGAGCAAAGGCUGACUAAUUGAAUGCGGGUGGAAUGGAAUCAAAGGUCAGAAAGUUGCGAUUAAUAGAAGUUGUUUUGUUGAGCUUGAGAAACCAGAAAAAAAAGUAGAAAAAGCAGUGAGAAUACAUUCAUUUGUAAUAAACUAUUUAAGGAAAGCAUGGGAAAGUUUGGAAUUUUUUUCUGGGAACUUGGGAAGAAAAAAAGCAUAGAUCGCUCAGUAAUAAAUGAAAUAAAAACCGAAAAAAAUUUUUUUACCACAUUUUGAUUUUCUUCAAGUUAUGAAGUGUAAACAUUUUUUUUAGGAAAAAAACAUUGAUCAAGUUUGAAUAUUUCUUCCAGAAAUAACAUAAGGUAAAAAAAUUACGCAUUUUACUGUGUUUAUGACAUGAUCUUUUUCAAUUUUUGAAGGAAAAAAAUCUUUUUCUGCAGGAAACGCUGUUUAAACAUUGAAACUUUAAAAGAGCUAUGAGGAAUAUGAAUAAUUCAAUGAGCACGCCGGAAAGAGACAGGCAACACAACAACAAUAACAUGAGUAGGUUCUUUUGACGGGACCUCAUUUUGUUUUUGCCAUAGAGCCAAAAAUAACCCUUGAAAAUUACGCUUCCUCCAAGUUUCUGCUUAAAAAAAGCUUCCGAAAAAGCACAAUUUCCACUUGAAGAUCUCAUCUUUAUCCUACUAAAGAUAAAAAUGACCGGAAGCUUCUCUUUUAAGCUGCACGAAAUUCAUCUCAACAAAGGCGCCAAGAAAAUAUAAAGACGUUCUUUCAGAUUGAAUAGUUGUUUUUGCGACCGCUCCUCGGCCUAAAAUUAGAUUAUUUAUUUUCGCAAAAAAAAAGAAUGAAUAUUGUAUUGAGUACGAGAAAAAAAACGCCGUUCUAGACCAAUUUCCUCUUUCUCCUCGCCCCAACUUCAAAACAAUUUUGUCAUUCACUUUUUUUCCAAACAUCACCACCGCCUGAUAUGCUCAGAGAGCACAUGAAACAGGUGCAGUGGAAAUCGCAAUUCUGGUUUUCAAUUAUUGUCUACCGGUAUACCACGAAGGUCAUUUCAUUAUUAAAGGCGCAGGCUUCCUGAGAAAGAUGGUCAUCGCCACGAAGAGUCGCCUCCACACAUCGAUUUCCGUUUUUAGUGGCAGAGAUUUUUUUACUUUUGUUUUUUUAAUCGUUUUUUUAUUUUAUUUUUUUGUUUCGCUGUUUUACUGGUUUAUUGAAAAUGGAGUAAUAUAUUUUAAAAAUCGAAAAAAAUGAAAAUGGCUCACGUUUGGAAUAAAUUUUUUUGCUGGAAAUUUUUCUGUUUUUUUCAUACUUUUGUCUUCUUCAAACUUCUGAAAUUUUUUUUAUCUUGAAAGUAACGAAUGAACUCAAAAAUUAAAAAUAAAUCCUUCCGCUUUUCCAUUUCUUGGCUUCUUUUUUCUCUUUCAACCGAAUAUUUCUGAAUUGUUUUCUGAAAAUUUUUUCUAUAAUUGGUUUUGUUUUACAUUUUUGUUGUACAUUCAUAUUAAUUGAGCUCAUUUUGAAAUGAAUAUAUUCAAAAAUAUUGAAAUUUUAAAGUGUUGUUACUUUUUGCUGUUUUCUAAACUUUCGCUAUUUUUUCCACUGUUUUAAACCUUUUAACCGAAUCUUCACAGUUUUACAUUUCCAGCCAAUGAUUCGGUUCAUACUGAUUCAAAACCGAGCCGGUAAAACGCGCCUAGCCAAAUGGUACAUGCAUUUCGACGACGAUGAGAAACAGGUGAGUAUAUUGAUUAUUUUGAAGUUCGGAGUGUAUAUAUAUUAGGGAAAAAUGAGUUUUUUUUUUCAAAAGGCAAUAAUAAUGCUUCAAUAAUUGUAAAUCUUCUUAUUUUGAGGCUACUUUUACAAGUUUUCGUUUGGAAACAUGCCCCGUUUCUGAGUUGAAGUUUUUCAGAAGCUGAUCGAAGAAGUUCACGCUUGCGUGACGGUCCGUGACGCAAAACACACCAACUUUGUUGAGGUUUUCGAAACAUUUUUGCCUCCGAAAUACAUUUUCUUACAGUUCCGCAACUUCAAAAUCGUUUAUCGACGUUACGCGGGCCUGUAUUUCUGCAUUUGUGUGGAUAUUAUCGAUAAUAACUUGUAUUAUCUCGAGGCGAUACACAAUUUUGUUGAGGUUUAUCAUAAAAUAUGGGUACUUUUAAAUAUUUUGAAAACUUCAGGUCCUCAACGAAUAUUUUCACAAUGUUUGCGAGCUCGACUUGGUCUUCAAUUUCUACAAAGUGAGCCAUCACUAAGAAUAACUGACGAGAUAAACGCGAGCUCGGUGGCGGUACAUUGACUAACUCGCAAAAAUGUCGCUUUUUUCUAGGCGCGAUCCCGCAUUUUUCUCGGCGCCAUCUCGCAUUUAUCUUGCAUUUCGGAAAUUUUCAAAUUGCGAGAGAAAUGCGAGCUCGCGCCUAGAAAAAUGCGAGCUCGCGCCCAGACUAAUGCGAAACCGGCGCGAGAAAAAAAGCGAGAUGUUUGCGAGCUCGUCAAUGUACCGCCAGUGUCUCGCGUUUAUCUCGGCAGUUAUUCUUAGUGAUUUUUUCUGUCUUUUUUAUGAAAUUGAUUGUAAUUUGGAGGUUUAUACCGUUGUGGACGAGAUGUUCCUGGCCGGAGAGAUACGAGAAACGAGCCAGACAAAAGUCCUCAAGCAGCUACUUAUGUUGACGUCUUUAGAGUGA